AUGGGCAGCAAAAAAACAUCAUCAGCGCCAGCGCUCUACGUCGACGAAGACUGCAACUUUUCAGUCAUCCGCGACCUCCCCAUCCCCGACCCCGUGGACGGCGAGGUCCUAGUCAAAGUGCUCUACUCGGGCGUGAACCCCGCCGACGUCAAACACGCACCGAUCCUCGGCAUCCGCUCCGUCACCCUCGGCUACGAUUUUUGCGGCCGCGUCGUUCUGGCCGCUGGCAAGAAUGCGUCGGCCAAUUUCAAGCCCGAUGACCUGGUGGCCGGCUACGUGCCCACGGGCAUUGGCAAGCCGAUGAGGCACGGCGCGCACCAGGAGUACUUGAGCUGUCCAGAGGACAUGCUCUUCAAGGUCCCGGAUAACCUGCCCCAGACGCACGCCGCGAGUCUGACGGUGGUGCUGACCACGGCCGCCGACGGCUUGUACAAUAUCAUCGGGUAUCCUCUGCCCGGGGAGAAGGCAAAGAAUGGGUUCAAGGCCGGCCCGCUGCUUAUCUGGGGUGCUUCCGCCAGCGUCGGAAUCUGCAUGCUUCAAUUAGCGCGCGAGAGCGGCGCAUCGCCCAUCUUCGUCACCGCGUCGCCGGCACGGCAUGAGAUGCUCAAGAAGAUGGGAGCGACGCGCUGCUUCGACUACAACGCCCCAGACGUGAUAUCCCAGAUCAAGAAGGCGGCGGAAGAGGCUGGGGCGGGGCCGAUUCGCUACGCUGCCGAUUGUGCAGGUUCAAUGAGCGGGGUCAGCUCGGCGUCACAGACAGAGGCUUGUGUCGAUGAGGAUGCCAUUGUUCUGUCCGUCGUGGCGAAGCCAGGUGGGAGGAUCAAGAUGCCGUUGGCGUCGGCGAACACGGAGAUUACGUUACAGAUGGGCGGCGGUCCUCUCGUUAAGAUCCCGGCGCGGGUGGAGGACUGGGGGAGGAUGUGGAAGGCGUUGAUGUGGUCUGUCGAGAACUACGGCACCAAGAUUUCGAUUCCUGUGGUGGAUGUGUUCAAGGGGAGUGCGGAGGAUGCGCUGGAGGAGGUGAAGAAGAUUGCUGACCAGGGAAAGUUUGGGAAGCUUGUGCUGGAGCAUCCUUUGCUGUGA